AUGCAGAAGACGAAGGACAGGUCGCACUCACCCGAACUGCUUGAUCAGGCCGGACACACCGCCGGACGCGCGCGGGGUCGGGGGCUCCAGUCCCAAUCCGCCAGCAGGGGGAGGUGGCGGAGGUCUUCUUGUCGCGAGGACCUUGGGAGGGACGAGGGUUGGUUCUGCCAGAAGCUCGUGGUCGCUCUCAGCCGGGGACGGAUCGGGGACGGGGCGGAGAGCUGGACUCCUCCGGACAUUCGCAGGGGAAGGUCCGAUGCGGAUGAAGAGGAGUGGAGGGAGAACUGGGACGAGUCGGAGGCGAGACGGGAGUGUUCUGGUGCGGGGGAGGGUGAGAGGCGGGGGCUGGGCGGGAUGGGACUGGCGGCGCGAUGUGGUCCGCCCGGGGAGGGUUUGAGAGUGGAGGAAGAGGGUGAGGACGAGUCCGCGGCGAGCCUUUCGAACCGGGAACGAAGGCUGCUUACGGCUGGAGGCGCGGCGGUCUCGAUUCCAUCCACGGGGUCUCCGGAAGACAUGGCGAAGAACCGAGAAAGGCUGGUUGUUUCGGCCGCGGGCGUCACCUGGCACCCUCCGCACUCGCACUACUUGGAAGUUGGGGCCACUUCCACUUUAGUCAAAUUGUCUGGGACAUACUAG